AGAUAGAGAGAAAACAAAGUUAAUGAUUUGGUGAUUAAAUUUUUAGUAAUAUAAAGAGCAAAUCAAGUUCCUCACGGCGCCGAAAUUAGCACUAUAUAUAGACGUCUUAACUCUCAUUCAUCAUACCCACAUCUCACAACUUCUCUCUCCCUCUGUGUAUCAAUAACUCCAUAAUUUUCACGUUCUUGAUACCUGUAGCUUUCGCUUUAACCUCCUACCCACCAAUACCGCACAGUAUCUCAUUACUUUUCUCCUAUCAUGGAUUGCUUGCAGAGUUGGCCUGAACCUGUUGUUCGUGUCCAGUCUUUGUCUGAAAGUGGCAUACGCCAAAUCCCACAGCGUUAUGUGAAGCCAGCUUCUCAUAGGCCCUCGCUGAAUAAUAACUAUGUACCUUCUUCUCAAAUGGAGGUUAACAUUCCUGUUAUUGAUUUCCAGAACGUUUUCUCUGACAAUCAAACUCUUCGUUUGGAGACCCUGAAGAGUAUCUCCAUCGCUUGUCGCAAGUGGGGUUUCUUUCAAAUAGUGAACCACGGUGUGAGACCUCAGCUUCUGAAGAGAGUGCGAGAGGUCUGGCGAGAGUUCUUUAACCAGCCGCUGGAAAUAAAGCAGGAGUAUGCAAAUUCUCCAGCUACUUACGAGGGCUACGGUAGCCGGUUGGGUGUGGAGAAAGGGGCCACCCUUGAUUGGAGCGACUAUUUCUUUCUUCAUUAUAUGCCAGUUUCGCUGAGAAACCAGAGCAAGUGGCCUGCAGUGCCGGCUUCCUGCAGGGAAUUGAUAGCUGAAUAUGGAAGCGAAGUGGUUAGGCUUGGUGGAAAACUGAUGAGGAUAUUCUCUAAGAACCUUGGCCUUGAAGAGGACCAUCUUAUAAACGCUUUUGGUGGGGAUGAGAACGUUGGUGCGUGCUUGAGGGCGAAUUUCUACCCCAAGUGUCCCCAACCAGACCUUACACUAGGUCUCUCAUCACACUCCGACCCAGGUGGCAUGACCAUUCUUCUGCCUGAUGAAAAUGUCGCCGGACUCCAAGUCCGUCGAGACGACAGUUGGGUUACUGUUAAGCCAGUCCCAAAUGCCUUCAUUAUCAACAUAGGAGAUCAAAUUCAGGUACUGAGCAAUGCCAUAUACAAGAGCAUAGAGCAUCGUGUGAUUGUGAACUCUGAUAAAGAUCGAGUCUCGCUUGCCUUCUUCUACAACCCUAAGAGUGACCUGCUGAUUGAACCUGCCAAGGAGCUGGUGACAGAGGACCAACCACCUCUCUAUCAAGCAAUGACAUAUGAUGAGUAUAGACUUUACAUCAGGACGAAGGGUCCAUGUGGGAAGCAACAAGUGGAAUCUCUAAGGUGCUCUUGAUCAUUGAAUGUGGGAUCGGUAUAAAGACUAAAUUUGUUGGUCCUCAAAGUUGCAUCUAAAUUUAAAAAAAAAAAAAAAAAGCCCUUUUAGUUUUUUUCUAUAAGUAUAUAUACUACAGUUCGUGUCAAUGGAUCGAAUAUCAUGGUGAUGAUUUUAUAAUCAAAUUAAAUGCAGAAAAUGAUGAUGAUGAUCAUGCUUUUCAAAGUCAGUAGCAACGAGAUUAAAGCUUUUGUUUUUUUGUUCAAAUUGUUAUGACAAGUUGAUAUGUACCGAUCCCAAUUAUCAGAAAAGAAAAUCCUUUCAAUGA